CGCCGUUUGUGAAAAGCCCCAAUUUCGCCGUUUGUGAAAAGCCCCAAUUUCGCCCUAAAUCUCCAUAUCCAUCGCAAUUGAUAGCUCGAAUCCAUUUUUGAGGCAUGUCUUUCUUCUUCCUCCUAAUUUCGUUAUUUGUUUCGAUUAUUUGUGAUUUCAAACAGCUUUUGAUUUCGAUAAGGGUCAGAUUUAGUUAUCUGUUUUGUUAGGGUUCGAUUUAUCUAGAUUUAUUUCGUUAUCUGUUUUUUAGGGUUCGAUUAUUUACAGAUUUUGAGAAUGUGGAGUUUCGAAUCCAUCUGUUUUGUUAGGGUUCGAUUAUUUACAGAUUUGACUCAAAAAUAGCUUUUGGAUUUGAGUAUUUGCGCCUUCAUAAACUGAACGAUUUUUUUUUUUUCCCAAGUGUUGGUGAUUGAAAUGUUGGGGAACUGAAGCUUCUCAUUUCUCUGUACUCACACAACAGAGCUGAUCCUGGUUAUAAAAGUGGAGCUUGGAAAUUUGUAAGGGAUGUGUCUGCGGCUUUAGGUGACAUAGAAAUGAUAAUAUGUCCUUGUAAAGACUGUCGUAAUGUAGUACGACAGUUAAACAGUGUUGUGGUUGAGCAUCUUGUAAUAAGAGGGAUGGAUGAGGCAUACAAGGUGCAUAGUGAUUGGUAUCAUCAUGGAGAUGUGAAGUCAGUAGAUGAAUUUCAAAGUAAACCAACUCAGUGGAAUGAGGAAGUUUUUGAGUUAUAUAAAGCUGCUGAAUUUUUUGAUCAAGAGUUGGCUUUUAGAGGUGACUUAGCUGACCAACCUGUGGGCGACUUAAGUGAGAUUGCAGAGGGUGAGGACCAACAAGAGGAUGAGUUCCUUGCAAAGAUCCGGGAUGCUGAAACCCCACUAUACCCUAGCUGUUCAAACCACAGCAAGUUAUCGGCUAUUGUGACUUUGUUUAGGAUUAAGACACAUAAUGGCUGGUCGGAUAAGAGCUUCAAUGAACUGCUUCAGACAUUGCCAAGCAUGUUGCCAGAUGGUAAUGUCUUUCACACAUCAUUGUAUGAUGUCAAGAAAUUUUUAAAGAGCUUUCAUAUGGGAUAUGAAAAGAUCGACGCAUGUGUUAAUGAUUGCUGCCUCUUCAGAAAGAAGUUAAAGAAGCUUGAUAAAUGUCCCAAAUGUAAUGCUUCACGGUGGAAGACUAAUAAGCGGACUAAUGAGGUAAAGAAAGGUGUCCCACAGAAAGUAUUAAGAUAUUUUCCAAUUAUACCAAGGCUGAAGAGAAUGUUCAGAUCAGAGGACAUGGCUAAGGACUUACGGUGGCAUUACNAACAGUGCCCAUAUAUGUACAUAUAA